UGUGUGCAGACACAGAGAGAGAAGAGAGAAAGAAAGAUGUGCAAACAACGCAUCACGGACAAACGACACCGAAACUGUGAGCGAUAAGAGGUUGAGAGAAAAAGAGAGUAAGGUAGGGGAUUGAUUGAGAGAGUUCUCUCUUCUCAAGUUCGUCCAAAAACUCCACACGAAGCAGAAGAAAUUCGUGUGCGCAAAGCAAUGCCUGUUAAUCUCAGAAUUCGAUGCUCUUUCUCCUCUUCUCCUCACGGAUUUUGACGUUUCUUUUUCACCUUCCAUUCAUUAUAACAUUCCACUCAGAAACCACCACUCACACACACACUAGCCACAACCGAACCAGACAAAAAAUAAAAAGUUUUUCGCGGCAGGUGUUCAAGCCAAAAGUUGAGUCUACGGCGAGUGAAGACUCUUAUUUUCAGAAGCUGUUGGUUGAGAGGAGAAGAUGGCUACGUGGGAAGCACUUGGGGAGGUUGCGACGGUGGUCCAACUCUCGGGCCUUGAUGCCGGGAAGCUCAUUUCCAUGAUUGUGAAAGCCGCGAACACGGCGCGAAUGCACAAGAAGAAUUGCAGGCAAUUUGCACUGCAUUUGAAGCUGAUUGGGAAUUUGCUUGAACAGCUGAGGAUCUCGGAGCUGAAGAAGUACCCGGAGACGCGCGAGCCUUUGGAGCAGCUAGAGGAUGCUCUUAGAAGGUCCUAUGUUUUGGUCAACAGUUGCCAGGACCGGAGCUAUCUGUAUUUGUUGGCAAUGGGGUGGAACAUUGUGUACCAAUUCAGGAAGGCUCAGAAUGAGAUUGACAGAUACUUGAAGCUUGUUCCAUUGAUCACUCUUGUGGACAAUGCUAGAGUCAGGGAGAGACUAGAAGAUAUUGAAAGGGAUCAACGAGAAUACACAUUGGAUGAAGAGGACAGAAAGGUGCAGACUGUGAUCCUGAAACCAUCACCAUCACAGCAUGAUGCUAUGGUGUUGAAGAAAACUCUUUCUUGUUCCUAUCCAAACUUGCCUUUUAAUGUGGCACUUCAAAAGGAAAGUGAAAAGCUUCAGCUUGAACUACAACGCUCACAAGCUAACUUGGAUGUGAGUCAAUGUGAAGUAAUUCAACAUUUAUUAGAAGUAACAGAAGUUGCUGCUACUGUUCCAGAGAAGAAAGUGGAGCGGAAUUAUUCAGAUGCCAGUGAUGACAAGGGGAAUUCAUCUGAUGAAGGCUAUCAUAAAAGAAGUGAUAAUCGUACAACUUCAAGAAACACAUCUUCUGUUUCAUCCGGACAUGAUCUGCUGUCGACUAGAGGCUCAUUCCGACAUGAAGAAUGGCAUACUGAUCUACUCGGUUGUUGUUCAGAACCUUGCCUGUGUAUCAAGACAUUCUUCUUUCCUUGUGGGACAUUUUCAAAGAUUGCUACUGUAGCAAAUAACAGGCACAUCUCUCCAGCAGAAUCCUGUAACGAAUUAAUGGCAUAUUCAUUGGUAUUGUCAUGCUGUUGCUAUACUUGCUACAUCAGAAGAAAGCUUCGUAAGAUGUUGAACAUCACGGGAGGCUUUGUUGAUGAUUUCCUCUCACAUUUAAUGUGUUGCUGCUGUGCACUUGUCCAAGAAUGGCGAGAAGUCGAGAUCCGUGGGGUUUAUGUACGUCCACACCAAUGUGCUGAUCUAUUCUACAUAACUUGUAUAUGAACAAGUGGGGAAAUACACAGCAUGAUGGAAGCAUGGGGCGAAAGUUUAUGAAGGUUUCCUUCUUCAGAGACUUCAGCUACAUGAUGACUUGUGUCAUAUGCUUGAAUAUCGCCAUGUGAAAUACUCACAAACCUAGCGUUGUAGUGUUUAGUUGGGCUAGAUGCAUACUUUGUUCAUCUUCAGAGCCCUCAUGAAAACAGAGGGUUACUUUUGGGUUGGUAUCCUUGGUAAAAAACAUUUGCCCGGAUCAUGUGAAGACACCGGAGAUUAGUGGAUCCAAAUCCUGGAGAUGAUUGCAUGGCACAAGGUUGCAAAAGCCUUGCCCAGAGCCAGUGUUUCAGUUCAAGGGGGGUAGCAUUAAAAAAGAAAAGAAAAAGAAAUUUAUAAUAAAAUAAAUAAACAAUUGUAAAUAUCUGUAAUUGUCAUACAAAAUCUAAUAAAAACGUAAGCUAUAAUUUAUUUAGUAAUAGCUAA